AUGGAGAACCCAGAAAUGAAGAAAAGCCCAUCGGGUCGAGUGUCCGAUGAUGGAAUAAAGAGGACACCAUCGGGGAAACCAAUACAAACGAUGUAUGUAUUAAACAGGAAAGGAGAAGAAGAAGAUAUUUCAUUUGAUCAAAUUUUAAAAAGAAUACAGAGAUUGUCCUACGGAUUACACGAGUUGGUAGAUCCUGCGAGAGUAACCCAAGGAGUUAUUAACGGAAUGUAUAGCGGAAUUAAAACGUGCGAAUUGGAUGAACUAGCAGCACAAACAUGUGCCUAUAUGGCCACAACACAUCCUGAUUUCUCCAUCCUGGCAGCUAGAAUUACUACAGAUAAUUUGCACAAAAAUACAAGUGAUGAUAUAGGAGAAGUGGCAGAAGCGUUGUAUAUGUAUAAAGACGUUAGAGGAAGACCAGCUAGUCUGAUCAGCAAAGAAGUAUACGAAUUUAUGAUACAACAUAAGGAUAGACUAAACAAGGAGAUCGAUUAUACAAGAGAUUUUAAUUACGACUAUUUUGGAUUUAAAACUCUCGAAAGGUCCUACCUUCUUCGAAUUAAUGGAAAAAUAAUUGAGAGACCACAACAUUUGCUAAUGAGAGUAUCUAUUGGUAUCCAUAUAGGAGAUUUGGAGAAAGCGUUAGAGACCUACCAUCUUAUGUCUCAAAAAUAUUUUACACAUGCAACACCUACGUUGUUUAAUUCUGGAACUCCGAGACCUCAGAUGUCUUCGUGUUUUUUGCUGUGUAUGAAAUCUGAUUCGAUUGAAGGCAUUUUCGAAACGUUAAAGCAAUGUGCGUUGAUUAGCAAAACAGCUGGUGGAAUUGGAGUAGCUGUACAGGAUAUAAGAGGACAGAAUUCGUACAUUAGAGGAACGAAUGGAAUAUCUAACGGGUUAGUACCAAUGCUGAGAGUGUUUAAUGAUACAGCUAGAUAUGUUGAUCAAGGGGGUGGAAAAAGAAAAGGAUCUUUUGCAGUUUAUAUCGAACCAUGGCAUUCAGAUAUUUUCGAAUUUUUAGAUCUUCGUAAAAAUCAUGGUAAGGAAGAACUAAGAGCUAGAGACCUUUUCUAUGCUGUUUGGGUACCUGACCUUUUUAUGAAAAGAGUAAAGGAAAAUAAAAAUUGGACUCUCAUGUGUCCAAAUGAAUGUCCAGGAUUGAGUGAGUCAUGGGGAGAAGAAUUCGAAAAAUUGUAUACAAAAUAUGAAGAAGAAAAUAUGGGAAAAAAAACCGUUUUGGCACAAGAUCUAUGGUUUGCCAUUUUACAGAGUCAGAUAGAAACGGGUGUGCCGUACAUGCUAUAUAAAGACUCUUGCAAUGCUAAAUCGAAUCAAAAAAAUUUGGGUACCAUAAAAUGCAGUAACCUUUGUUGUGAAAUUAUUGAGUAUACUUCUCCUGACGAAGUGGCUGUCUGUAACUUAGCUUCCAUCGCUUUGUGCAAAUUUGUCGAUGUGGAGAAAAGAGAGUUCAAUUUUAAGAAGCUUUACGAAAUUACCAAAAUUAUUACGCGUAAUUUGGACCAAAUAAUAGAGAGAAAUUACUACCCUGUGCAGGAGGCAGAACGAUCCAAUAAGAGACACAGACCCAUAGGCAUAGGAGUACAGGGGUUGGCAGAUACCUUCAUGCUUUUAAGAUAUCCAUACGAAUCCGAUUCUGCGAAAGAAUUAAAUAAGAGGAUCUUCGAAACAAUGUAUUAUGCUGCUUUGGAGAUGUCGAUGGAAUUGGCACAAAUAUAUGGACCUUAUGAAACAUAUCAGGGUAGUCCAGCUAGCCAAGGAAUACUUCAAUUCGAUAUGUGGAAUGUAAAGGUGGAUAAUAAGUAUUGGAAUUGGGAUGAACUGAAGGCAAAGAUAAAGAAGCACGGAUUGAGAAAUUCGCUUCUGUUGGCUCCAAUGCCUACUGCUUCAACGUCACAGAUUCUUGGGAAUAACGAAUCGUUUGAGCCGUACACCAGUAACAUAUACUACAGGCGGGUACUUAGUGGAGAGUUCUUCGUAGUGAAUCCCCACCUUCUGAAGGACCUCUUCGAUCGUGGUCUCUGGGAUGAAGACAUGAAGCAGCAGCUCAUUGCCCAUAAUGGAAGCGUGCAAUAUAUUAGCGAAAUUCCUAGCGACUUGAAGGAGCUCUAUAAAACCGUUUGGGAGAUCAAGCAGAAGAAUAUCAUCGAUAUGGCUGCCGACCGAGGCGCCUUCAUCGACCAGUCCCAAUCGCUCAACAUCUACAUCCAGAAGCCCACCUUCGCGAAGCUCUCCAGCAUGCACUUCUACGGAUGGGAGAAGGGACUGAAGACAGGCGCGUACUACCUCAGAACGCAGGCCGCGACGGACGCAAUAAAAUUUACGGUGGAUACACAGGUGGCCAAGAACGCCGCGAAGAUGAAGAACGCCGAGGGAGUAGCCAUCACGAGGGAGGUAUCCAGGGAGACCAUUUCGACCGAGUCCACCGUCACGCAGAAUGUGGUGUGUCCACUGCGUCGCAACAACGACGACCAGUGCUUGAUGUGCUCGGGCUGA